AUGAGGUCAAUUGAUCUCGCCAGUCGCUCAGGCGUUGCCCUCAAGCGGGCAAUCCAAGCCAAGCAGCUCCCGCGCGUCGCAUGCGCUUCCGUCCGCUCAUUUUCUUCCACCUCCUCCAACAACAGCAACGGCGUUCUCCCUCCCAGAUAUGAGACCCUCUACAACAAGUACUCCGAGGUCCGCCGCGUGCUGGGUUCGCAGCGCCUGACCCUGGCCGAGAAGAUCCUCUACUCCCACCUCGACAAUGUCGAAGAGUCGCUCCUCUCCAACACCAACAGCGGCCGUGAUGUCCGCGGCAAGGCCAACCUCAAGCUCAAGCCCGACCGUGUGAACAUGCAAGAUGCCUCGGCCCAGAUGGCUCUCCUGCAGUUCAUGACUUGUAAUCUCCCCUCGCCUGUUAUCCCUGCCAGUAUUCACUGCGACCACUUGAUUGUUGGAUCCAAGGGUGCCGAUGAGGACUUGAAGGCCGGUAUUGCCACCAACAACGAGGUUUUCGACUUCCUCGAGUCGGCUGGCAAGAAGUAUGGUAUCGACUUCUGGCCUCCCGGUGCUGGUAUUAUUCACCAGACCGUUCUCGAGAACUACGCCGUCCCCGGUCUCAUGAUGCUCGGAACCGACAGCCACUCUCCCAACGCUGGUGGUUUGACUACCAUCACUAUCGGUGUCGGCGGUGCUGAUGCUGUUGAGGCUCUCGUUGGUGCACCUUGGGAGCUCAAGGCCCCCAAGAUCCUCGGUGUUCGCCUGACUGGCAAGCUCAACGAUUGGGUCAGCGCCAAGGAUGUCAUUCUUUACCUUACCGGCAAGCUUACCGUCCGUGGUGGUACUGGCUACAUUGUCGAGUACUUUGGCCCUGGUGUUGAGACACUCAGCCUGCCUGGUAUGGCCACGGCCUGCAACAUGGGUGCCGAGAUUGGCGCCACCACCUCCAUCUUCCCCUUCACCGAGGCUUCCAGCCGCUACCUCAAGGCCACCAACCGCGAGCAGGCCGACAAGGACGCCAAGAACUUUGAGAACUUUAGCAGGGGCUCCGGCCAGGAUUCUUUCUUCAAGUUCAAGGCCGACGAGGGCGCCCAGUACGACGAGUUGAUCGAGAUCGACCUUUCCAAACUCGAGCCCCAUAUCAACGGUCCCUUCACUCCCGAUCUUUCUAUCCCUCUUUCCGAGUUCAAGAAGACUGUUCAGGAGCAGAAGUGGCCCGAGAAGCUUUCUGCUGGUCUCAUUGGUAGCUGCACUAACAGCUCCUACGAGGAUAUGACCCGUUGCGAGAGCAUUGUCAAGGCCGCCGAGCAGGCUGGUAUCAAGCCCGCUGCCGACUUCUACAUCACCCCCGGUUCCGAGGGCAUUCGUGCCACCCUUGAAAGAGACAACACCCUUCAGACCUUCGAGGAGGCUGGUGGUAUCGUCCUCUCUAACGCCUGCGGUCCCUGCAUUGGCCAGUGGAAGCGUCAGGAUGACAUCCCCAAGGGCACUCCCAACGCGAUUCUCACUUCCUACAACAGAAACUUCCGCGGUCGCAACGACGGCAACCUCGAGACCAUGAACUUCCUCGCCUCGCCCGAGAUCGUCACCGCCAUGGCCUACGCUGGUUCCACCACCUUCAACCCCAUCACCGACAGCCUGACCACCCCCGAUGGCAAGGAAUUCAAGUUCCCUGCGCCCAAGGGUCUCGAGGGUCCCGAAACCCCCUUUGAAGCCGGCCGCGAGGUCUUCCAAGUCCAGUCCGGAAACCCCAACCCGAACGUGGACGUUGCCAUUUCGCCCUCCUCUGAGCGUCUCGCCCUCCUUGAGCCCUUCGAGCCCUUCCCCGACUCGGAUCUGUCCGGCCUCCGCGUGCUCGUCAAGGUCACCGGCAAAUGCACCACCGAUACCAUCUCCGCCGCCGGUCCCUGGCUCAAGUACAAGGGCCAUCUGCCCAACAUCUCGGAAAACACGCUCAACACGGCCGUCAACGCCGCCACCGGUGAGGUCAACGUCGCCUACGACCUCGACGGCUCCAAGCACACCAUCCCCGAGCUGGCCAAGCACUGGAAGCAGCGCGGCCAGCCGUGGCUCGUGGUCGCCGAGCACAACUACGGCGAGGGCUCCGCGCGCGAGCACGCCGCUCUUCAGCCCCGUUAUCUCGGUGCCCGCAUCAUCGUCACCAAGUCGUUUGCCAGAAUCCACGAGACCAACCUCAAGAAGCAGGGUGUUGUCCCUCUCACGUUCGCCAACGAGAACGAUUACGAUCUGAUUGACGCCGGCGAUGAGGUGGCUACUGUCGGUCUGUACGAGAUGCUCAAGAACGGUGGCCAGGGCGAGGUUUCCCUGAGGGUUACUAAGAAGGAUACCGGCAAGGUGGUGGAGAUCCCGACUAAGCAUGCUGUUUCCAAGGAUCAGGCUGGUUUCAUUUUGGCCGGUAGCGCGCUGAACUUGUUGGCUAAGGGUAACUAA